CUCGUAUGUUCGUCGACCGUCGUAUCCCUACUUCGGAAAAGCGUACGUAAACGUAGUUUCAGACGAUCUUAUGAUAAUUUCAAUCAAUCGAUUGAUUGAUUGAUUGAUCAAUAAAGUGGUUGUUGAUUUAUCAGAGGGGAACCGCGGAUGGCUGCGCUCUGCCGCUCGCAGUAUGUCAGCUUGCGCACGUGCGGCGAUUCGGCGGCGAAUGACUCGGCCGUCGACGGCGCCGGAGGUGCCGCCGAGAUCAUGCUGUUCGGAGUUAGAGUGAAGGUGGACCCCAUGAGGAAGAGCGUCAGUCUCAAUAACUUGUCCCAGUAUGAACAGCCGAACAAUACCAACAAGAAUAACGAGUCCGCCAAAAACUCGCCGCCGCCGCCGCCGGCUGAUGAGGGAUAUGCCUCGGCUGACGACGCCGUCCUCCACCAGCCUAGCAGCGGCCGCGAGCGUAAGCGAGGAGUUCCAUGGACGGAGGAAGAGCACAAAUUGUUCCUAUUAGGGUUGCAGAAGGUGGGGAAGGGAGACUGGAGGGGAAUCUCCAGAAACUUUGUGAAGACUCGAACCCCUACACAAGUGGCAAGUCAUGCUCAGAAAUACUUCCUCCGCCGGAGCAACCUCAACCGCCGCCGCCGCCGAUCUAGCCUCUUUGACAUUACCACAGACUCGGUGACUCCAAUGUCAACAGCAGCAGAUGUAAAAGCUCCUCAAGAAAAUUCGACUCUGGCAGCUAUCUCACCACCGACGCCAUUGCCUACUUCAGAACCAUCCCGGAUCAAUCCAUUUUCAGUUUCUCGUAUACCGGUGACAGUUGCUCCUGUUUUGCAACCAGUCCAAGUUGAGGAGAAGAAGCCAAUAGAAAAUCUAGCCAUUGCCCGAACAGACGAGGUCAAUAAUCCAAUUUCCAGGUUUAUCUGCCCAGUGACUACUAAUCCAUCAGCACGAAUUGAGCUUAACUUGAAUCAAGGCAUGGACACCGAGCCUUCGUUUUUGUCAUUGAGUCUGUCUUUGUCUGUGAAUCAGAGUCCAUCAUCUUCUUCUAGGCACCCAAUAUAUCCAGGGAUGUCAAGCUUCAACAAUGGAGAUACCACCAUCAUAGUGUCAUAAAUAAGAGACUCUAUAUAAGUAAGAAUAAUAUUAGAGUGGGUUGGGUUAAGGAGUUUGAGUAGAUCUUAAUUGUUGUUUUGUUUUGUACACACAAAAUAUUUGUUUGCCUGCCUACUUCUUUUAUGCUUCUUAAUUUCUAGUUCUGGGGAAAACUGAAUCUUGAAUAACAGUGGUGUGUUUGUUCAA